AUUCACAGGAAGCUGGACCAGCAAUGGCUCUGCUGAAGGUUCUGCUGCUGCUGGGGCUGGGUGUUUCAGUGAACUCAGGUGUUUCUCUGCAGAAGAGAAUCAUUGGGGGUCAAAACUGUCAUGUAAGUGAGCGUCUUUAUCAUGUUCGGCUGGAGAGCAGCAAUGGUACUCACAUGACCCGCUGUGGAGGAUCUCUGAUCAAACCUCAGUUGGUCCUGACUGUAUCUCGCUGCUGGAAGUCGGAGCCAGGAUGGACUAACACAGCAUUCUUAAAAGUCCAUCCACGGACUGUUAUACAGUACAAUCAAGUAAUCCAAGACCCCCCUGUGAUUUACGGCCAGCAGCAUGACAUCAUUUUGCUGAAGCUUCGGACACCAGUAACAGACGUCCCACUUCCUCGUCUACCAGACUGCAGGCAUCGUCUUCAAGUAGGCUAUGCUAUUCAGCUAGCAGGAGAGGGAGCAACGACAGCCAGCCCUAAUAAUCAACGACUAAUCGCUGCUCCUAUUCCCUUACAUCUUCAGUGUGUUGACAUGAGAGUUGUUCAGGUUUCCGUUUCCCUGCCGUCAACUGGGCAUAUAUUCCGUGCUUCAGCACCGAACAAGGAUGUAUGCUAUGGUGAUACUGGUGGGGCAGCGGUGCACAACGACAUGAUUUAUGGUGUGAUUUCCUUUGGUGGACCAGAUGCAUGUCAGAGUCCAGCUGCAAUUGUGGAUGUGUGUGAAUACCUGUGGUGGAUAACAGCGCUUAAAUAAAAUAUAAAUAUCAUAAAAUAAAAUUCUCAUCAAAUUUCCUCUCAGAUAUCAUUGUAUUUUCAUCAGUUUGAUCCACAUUUGUAGAAUUAGAAUAAAUCAAUAGUUUUCUCACCUGAUCUUGACCUCCCUAAUGAAUAUUUUUCUGCACCUCAGAAAUAAAAAAUAAAUCAAUAAAUGCAUAAAAAGAAACA